AUGUCUGACGCUUCCGAGCCCCCCAGACAUUACUUGGAGAGUACACUAGACGACCUACCCCCAUCAUAUGUUCUCCUCAAUGCCCUGAAAACAGGCGUCAGCAUCUUCCCUGACAGUCACAAUCUAAAUGCCCCUGGUGGCACCGAUAAACUCAUUGAGCUCGACUACGGGAGUCGUUCGUGCGUCGUCCACAAACCCGGUCAGCCCUUUGUGGUCAAGAAGCUACAUCCACGUUUCGGUUUCAACAACCAUCAACUCGCCAAAGAGGCAGCGACGGAGGCCAUGCAAACAAACGAGGUGUUUGAGUACUUCGAAAAGUGGCAGUCAAAGUCGGGCGUCUCUAUCAGAGCUCCAGGGAAUGCCAAAUGCAUCGAGAACUGGCAGGAGUUCUGGAACGCGCACAAGGACAGUCUGCCCAGCCCAUGGAACUUCCCGACCCCGGCUCUUAAGAUGGACAUGAUCUACCCCCUUCCGAAGGCUGUAGGGCGUGCCUUGAUUCAACAAUUCUACCCCAAGCGUGAAGGCUCGACUAUGGACCCAUAUGUGGUGGAAGAGAUCUUGAAUCAGUACGGAAAUCAGCACUGCUUGGUUCAGCCGUGCCUUGGACUCGACGUGCGUCCCAGAAAACCAGGCGACUUCAGUCUUAACAAUUUCGAGCUGUCUCUGGCCGACAUGCAAAGCAUUGGCAUCAACGUUGCUGAUCUCGCGGCGGCCAUGGGCGAGGCUUUCGGCCUCCUUCACUACUCGCGUCGGCUUUUCUGCGACGGCAUCAAGUUUGCAUUUGGAACUUCACUAGAGAACAAGCAGCACAGGCACAGCUCGCACAUCGUCAACCUGGAUGAAACGGAUGAGGAUGGUCUAGUCAUGGCCGACACCAUGCUCGAACCCGACAUUCGAAAGUUCAUUCCGAGUCCCCUCAAGAGUCCAGCCCUGUACAAUGUCUUCAAAGACGCUUAUAUUGGCCAGGCUAUACUCAAGGAAAUCAAGCUUCUUCCCUACAUGGUCAUGAAGAACUAUGAGAGACGUGUAGCCAGGGAGUUUCUGUGA